CUCCUCUCACCUGCAGUCUGUACCAUGGAAGGCCUGGCCUCAACAUCGUCCGGUGCCAUGGAUCAACGAAGGAAGGAUGCCCUGAAGGCCUACCGCGAGAAAAUGCGCAAUCAUGAAGCCAGCAGCGAGAGCUUGAAGAAUCUCCGCUUCUCCCUGAAGGAUCUCGAGAAGGCGUAUGAGAAGACGGAGGAGGACAUCAAGGCCGUCCAGUCAGUCGGUCAGAUCAUCGGCGAAGUGAUGAAGCAAUUGGACGAUGAGCGAUUCAUUGUCAAGGCCUCGUCAGGACCCCGUUAUGUCGUCUCUUAUCGCCCAGCAUUACCCGCCGAGAAGCUCAAGCAAGGGACGCGCGUCUCGCUCGAUAUGACCACCCUCACGAUCAUGCGCAUCCUCCCGCGCGAGGUCGACCCGCUCGUAUACAAGAUGAGCUUGGAGGAUCCGGGAGGUGCCUCUUUCGCCGGUAUCGGUGGCUUGGGCGAACAAGUGCGCGAGUUGCGAGAGAUCAUCGAGCUUCCCCUCCUCAAUCCAGAACUCUUUCUCCGCGUGGGUAUCAAGCCGCCGAAGGGUGUGCUGCUGUACGGCCCGCCAGGUACGGGGAAGACGUUGCUCGCGCGUGCCGUCGCUGCGACCUUGUCGACGAACUUCUUGAAAGUCGUCUCCUCUGCCAUCGUCGACAAGUACAUCGGCGAGAGUGCCCGUGUCGUGCGCGAGAUGUUCGGCUACGCGCGCGAGCACGAGCCCUGUGUCAUCUUCAUGGACGAAAUCGACGCCAUUGGGGGUCGGCGGUUCUCCGAGGGUACCAGCGCGGAUCGCGAGAUUCAGCGCACGCUGAUGGAGCUGCUGAACCAAAUGGACGGCUUUGACUCCCUCGGCCGCACCAAGCUCAUCAUGGCCACCAACCGACCUGAUACCCUCGACCCCGCACUUUUGCGGCCAGGUCGCCUGGACCGCAAGAUCGAGGUCCCGUUGCCGAACGAGCAGGCAAGGUUGGAGAUCUUGAAGAUUCACGCCGCGCCGGUGAACAAGGCGGAGGAUAUUGAUUAUGAGGCGAUCGUCAAGCUAUCCGACAGCUUCAACGGCGCCGAUCUGCGGAACGUAAUUACCGAAGCGGGCAUGUUCGCGAUCCGGGACGAGCGCGAGUACGUGAAGCAGGAGGACCUGACGAAGGCGGCCCGGAAGGUGGGCGAGGCGAAGAAGCAUGAGACGAAGAUGGAGUAUUCCAUGUAGAUGCUUUACACAUGACUGUAUUUGUUCUUCCACUGCAUGAUGAUGAUUUCGAGCAUUUGGACU